AUGAACGAGGAACAAGCAUCUGAAAACAGGCAGCUUCAAGAUGAAGAAAUGAUGGCAUUGGAAGCUAUUUUUCCCGAGGCAUUUGAGCGAGACACAACAUCCACCAACGCGUUCAAGUACACAUUGAAUCUGGAUGAAGAUGAGCCCGAUUUGCGAUCACCACGCAAAGUAGUAUUACGUUUCUUCCUGCCACCCACCUACCCGAACCAAGACAUGCCCGUGUAUGAACUAUCUUCCAUUUACUGUGGUACCAAAAAGAUUGACGAUGCGAUGCUGGAUGAGAUUGAUGCCGGUUUUCAGUCACUAUUUCAUCCUACCGAGGUUGUUUUGUUUGAAUGGAUUAGUUGGCUCCGAGACUAUCUGGAAGAUCAAGUAGAGAAACAAACCAAUGAAGAUCACAACGAGAGUGCCGAUCCAUUAGCACAAUCAAUGGAGCAACUCAAUGGAGCAGAAACUGGACACAGCAAGGACAGUGAGGAAACAGUGUUUGAUUACAAUCCAGAGGAUUAUGUGUACAAGAAACCUGUGCAUGACCUGCCAGAAGACCAAGAUGAAGAUGAAGCCCAUGAUAGACCUACUGUUAGAUCCUUAAUGCAGCCCAACAAAUACCAUACUGAAGCAGCCCCGCCUAUUUUCACAAGUGAAGCUCUGGUGGAUCGAAAAUCAUCCUUUGUUGCCCAUGUAGCAACAGUGCAUACAGUACAUGAAGUCAAAGUGGUGGUUUCACACCUGUUACAGAACAAGAAGAUUGCCAAGGCGACACACAAUAUACUGGCAUAUCGGAUCACCAUGCCUGAUGGAAAAGUGCUACAGGACAAUGACGAUGAUGGUGAAUCGGCUGCAGGCGGCCGCCUUUCGCAUUUAAUGCAGAUACUAGAAGUAGAGAAUGUAGUGGUGGUGGUCACUCGAUGGUUUGGUGGUAUCCAUCUGGGGCCAGAUCGAUUCAAGGACAUCAAUAAUGUAGCACGGACAGCGUUGGAUGCAUGUGGCUAUAUCAAAGAUAAACAUGUCAGGGGAAACGGGAGCAGUAAUAAUAAUAAGCACAAGAAGAGCAAUAAAAAAUAA